GCCAGGCUCUUCACUCACCUCCUCCAUCUGCCUGGCCCAGCAGCUGCCCGAGCUCCCGUUUCCUCAGCCCUGAAAUCAUGCCCCGAGGUCUCCUGUGGUUGGGCCUCACCCUGCUGGGGGCCCUGCAGACCGAGGCCCAGGACUCUACUCCAAACCUGAUCCCGGCCCCGCCUCUCUUGAGGGUCCCUCUGCAGCCAGAUUUCAAAGAUGACCAGUUCCAGGGGAAGUGGUACGUCGUAGGCCUGGCGGGGAAUGCAAAAAAUAAAGAACAAGGCCAGUUUACGAUGUACGCCACCGUCUACGAGCUGAAAGAAGACCACAGCUACAAUGUCACCUCCAUUCUGUUCAGGGACAAUAAAUGUGACUACUGGAUCAGAACUUUUGUCCCAAGUUCCCAGCCCGGCCGGUUCACCCUGGGCAACAUUAACAAUUACAGUAGAAUACAGAGCUACACAGUGCAAGUGGCAGCCACUGACUACAAACAGUAUGCCAUGGUGUACUUCAAGAAGGUUUCUAACAACAAGGAGUACUUCAAGACCACUCUCUACGGGAGAACCAAGGAGCUGUCCCCUAAACUGAAGGAGGACUUCAUCCGCUUCGCCAAAUCUCUGGGCCUCACUGAUGAGCACAUCGUCUUCCCUGUCCCAAUCGACAAAUGCAUCGACAACUGAGCGUGCACACUGCUGCCGUCUUUACUCCAUGUCCCCCUCUCAGGUGCCUCGUGUCUCUCCACCCCAUUUCCCUUGUGUUGGCCUCUGCCCAGGGUGCCACCCAGCUGCCCCACCAGCCUGAUGCCAGUGAGAGAGCUAGGAGACCUUUCUCAUGGUGCUAGUCACCCAGCUGCUCCCCAGGCUACCCUGAUGAUGGAGCCCCACCUUGUCUGCUAAAUAAACACAUGGCCCCAGGCC